CCCACCCUCUCUCUCUCUGAGUCUCGAUGGGAAGAAGACACGACGAGCAGGCCAAAUUGAGUUCCUUCGAAUCCGCUCACUUGGGUAUGUUUUUUUCUCUUCUUCCUUCUCGUUUUCUGGCCUUUGACGACGUUGGUUAGUAGCUUCAAAGCGUGAUGAUGUUCGAUGAGGUUGCUCGCAGUGUGCAGCUUUUCGUGUCCGUGCCUAGUUCGAUCGAGACCCACUUCCCCUCGUGACAGUUUGCGGUUGCUCCGCAUGCGAUGAUUAAUCUUCUUUCCUUCUUCUUCUAAAUGGGUGGUGUUAUGGAGUUAUCGGUAGCAUCAAUGAUGCAUUUGAAAUGUUAAAUUUACUCCGUGCUGUUGCCCCAGCUGCAAGUCAACAAAUUUAGACUUUACACUAACCAUCCCAACUGUGGUGAAGAUAUGUGGUUAAGCUCAUCACAUCCGGUGCCAAAGUCAAAGGCAUACUGGACACCAGACCUCCACAAAAUAUUUGUCGAUCUUUGUCUGGAGCAGGUUAACGGAGGGAACAGGCCAGGGACAUAUUUUACAAGGGAGGGAUGGAUGAAUAUUGUUAAACUAUUUCAUGAAAGAACAGGAAUAAGUUAUGAUAGGAAGCAGAUGAAGAGCCAUUGGGAUGUGAUGAGGGAACAGUGGAAAGUAUGGUGCAAGCUAACUGGUACUGGUUAUAUGAAAUGGGACCGGAGUUCCAACAAGUUUGGAGCUACUGAAAAAGAGUGGGCUUUGUAUGUUAAGGCAAACCCAGCAGCUGCGCAAUUUCAGUUUAAGGAACUCCAGUUUGUAGACAAAUUGGAAAUCAUAUUUGAUGGAGCAAUAAGUAAGAAAGAUGCAGGACUUCUCACUCAAUGUAUGCACAAAGGUGGUUCAGUGACCUCCCCCUUGCAAACAGAAGGUCAAGCCAUAACAAUGAAGGCGCCCAAAAUUGAGGCUGUACAUGAACUUGAUAUAAGCAGUGGGUCAGAUGGCGACCUGGAUACAUACAGCGAAACAAGUCCUGGUCGACAAAACUCGUGCUUACCAGCUCUUAAACCAAAAGCUAAGUGGACACCUGAUUGUCACAAGAUAUUUGUUGAUCUCUGCACAGAACAGACGUUGAAGGGUAAUAAAUGUAUUACCAAGGAAGGCUGGAGACAUGUUAUCAGAUCAUUUAACCGCAAGACUGGUCUUUCACUUGACAAGAAGCAAUUGGAGGAUCAUUGGGACCUAACCAAGCAGCAAUGGAGAAUCUGGUGUGAGCUGGUUGGUGAUAGUAGGAUGAAAUGGGAUCCAAAUACCAAGAGAUUUGGUGCGACUGAAGAUGAUUGGAACAACUAUAUACAGGAAAACCCAGAAUCUGCACAAUUUCGGUAUAAAGAACUUUAUCUGACUGACCAGCUGGAAGUCCUUUUUGGUGGAAGAAAAGACUCUGGAGAGCCAGAACCGCCAAGGAAACAUAGGAGGCUAAAUGAUAGUUCAACCACCUCGACUGUGCAUACCGCAGAGCCAGAAAUUGCCAAAUCGGAACCGAGAAAGGAGCACUUGCCCGAUGCAGUUGAAUCGAGGAGCACUGCAACCAUGCAGAGGAAUGCUGCGAGUCUUGCAACACCCAAAAACAAACUAAAUUAUAGUAUUGGUGAAUGCAUCGAGUGUCUUGAUGAGAUGGAGGACGUGGAGCAGGGAAGUGACCUAUAUUUGUUCGCAUUGGAGGUCUUCCUGAAGAGGGAAUAUAGGGAAAUCUUCCUGCAGCUGAAGAAGCCUAGCGUGCGGAUUGCAUGGUUGCGGCGCCUACAGUCAGUUGAUCCAUCUAUUGACUAAGUGCAACCAAACUCUUACAUGCCUUUGUUUUGUGGGCAACAACAGAACCAGCUGUUAGAAGUUCAAUACGUGGCAAUUGUACCGAGCCUCGUGAUGUAAAUUACUCGUAUUGGUGCAAUGUAGACUGAAGUUUAAAGUUGACUUGGGUUUAAGAACUCAUUGAUUUUUCUCA